UUAGUACGUUAACGUUGGUUCGUGAGGUAGUGUGCAGUACGGGUCCAGCAGCUUCACCAACCAACAGACCUGUCUCAGGGACUUUGUUGCAUUUCAGAUGGAUGAGAAACUACCAGAGGAGAACGGACAGACGCCGCCAGUGCGCAAGGAGGAUGAAGAAGAGAUGGAGGUCACCACGACAACACAACUAGAACCUCUCACCGUUGCCCUUGACGAUGCAGACACAUCAUCAAAUACAAAUACACAGACUGAUCCAGAGGAAGCAGGAGACGUACACACAAACUCAGCAGCAGCAACGCAGUCUCUAGACAGUGUGUGUAAGACAGAGGAGUGUGAUGAUGAUGAUGAAGAUUCAGAGGAUUCAGACAGUGACAGCUCUUCCUCGUCGUCUUCAUCAACAUCUUCCUCCUCAUCCUCCUCUCCCUCUGCCCCUGUGAUCGGGGAAGAUGACGACGAUGAAGGUUUCAGCCAACCGGCCCCCAUCAAGACCAGAGAUGAAGUCCUGCUCGAGGAGCUGCCCGCGGUGGAGGAGGUGAGUGUGUCGUUACCAGAAGAUGCAGAACUGCAACCUGUAGGAACGGUCUCCAGUAUUAUACAGCAGCUUGUCGUCAUCCAGUCUCUGAAAGACACGCCCCCUCUGAAUGAUGACAGCAUCAUCUUUAGAUCUGAUGGGUUGGCUGUGGGCAAGGUGUUUGAAGUGUUUGGUCCGGUGUCCAACCCGCUGUAUAUUUUGCGAUUUAACUCUGCAGAGCAGAUCAGCAGCAAGGGGCUGACAGAGGGACUGACUGUUUAUUACGCACCAACCAUUAAAGAGUACACAGAAUAUAUCCUCACUCAACAGCUCAAACUUUUAAAGGGAUCUGAUGCUUCCUGGAAGAAUGACCAAGAACCGCCAGCGGAGGCUUUAGAUUAUAGUGAUGACGAGAAAGAGCAGGAAGCUAAGAGGAAAGGGAAAAACUCCAAAAAGAAGAGGGACAGUAACAAUGCAGAAAAUCCUACCCACAUUACCCAGAAUACCUUGCAGCAGCAGCGAGAUGUCAGGGUUUUCCCACCAAGACACGCAGGGCCUCCGUUCAGGCACCAGAACCCGAGGAAUCAACAUCUACCAUUCAAACACACACACGCUCCACCCAGACACAUACACCCACCGCCCAGACACACCAACGUCCUUCCCAUGUACCUCCCCCCCUCCCUGCCCUUACCCUCCUCCGCCUCCUCACCCGUUUCCCCCACCCAACUUCCCUCUCUACCCCCCUCCUCCUGCUUUUUUCAACCCAUCUUUCUCUUCCCCUCUCUGGCCGCCUAACUCUGUCCCCUUCUCUGACCUCCCUCCUCCUCCCCCACCUCCUCAUCCUCCUCCUCAGUGAUGUAGACACCCCUCCUGCCUCCAGCCGUGUGAGGGAAGAGAUGUGUCCAACCACAUACUCCACGACCACUGAUGUUUUUAGAUAUUAUUUAAAAUCUGUUUUUCCAACAGCUACAGACAUUUUCUUACUCAGUUGUCAAAUGGCUCAGACACACAGACUGAAACACUGCAGCAGGCUGAUAUUCAUUGUUUAGUGAACCUGUUAACAUAUCUCUACUCCCUCCCACUGUAUAAAAAUGAAGCUUAAAUAUCUCAGAUACCGCCGCUAACAUCUCAUGCUGGUGAUGUCAUUCGGAGCCAGAGUCUGCGCAGUAGUGAUUGGGGUUGGUGCCAUAGUAUCAGAGUCCCGCCUAUAUGCCCAGCAGACUCAGUUGCAAGCAGAGCUCAGCUCUGACUCAUGACGUGAAAACCCCUUUUUAUAGUUUCACGUAACUCAUUCAAACCAAACCAGCCACCAGGGGGCAAUUGAGAUGUUGAAAAUACACACCAUCAGAAGCAUCAAGUACACAGAGUAGCCCUUCCCACUGUGUUCUCCUUUUAGGUAGGCCUCACUCUCAGAAAGGUCAGGGAGCCCUGCUUUAAGUGUAUCCCUUUGUGUUCUGGUCCUGUCUCUUGUGUUAGUUCUAAAUACAUUCCUUUAUACAGUCACGUCUACCAAGAAUGGGGGAGCAAUAUAAUGGUUUUCAGUCUAGAUACAGUAACGACUACAUGUUAUGUAGGCCUUCAAGGACUGCUGUAGCUUUUGUUAAAAUUAACGAAUAGAUGUGGAAAGUUGUAUUAUUGUACUGAAAUCUGCCUCCCACACAAAUACAGACUUUUUUCUUUUUUUUAGUGGCUGGAAUUGAAACCAGGACAAGUCAUUGUCACUCAUAUGUGAUAAUGUAUAUCUGCUGUAUGUCUUUGUACCAGAAUGCUUUGCUCAUUCGAUGAGAAAUAAAUGUCCUGUGUAAGAUGUA